ACUUUUAACCUCUGACUUUUGUACUGUGACUCUGGAGACGAUGAGGACAUGGAGAAUGACUUUACACACGAGGCGUUUGUCAACUUCCCUCCACUCUACACUGAACAGAUAAACGAUACAACGUUGGGGAAACAACUAGAAAUUUGGUGGAGAAUAAUAAACAAGGAGGUACUCUCAAAGGGAAUUAAUACUCUAGGAAUUGGAAGUGUGGAUUCACCACCGUUUAAAAAUGAUGGUAUUGGUAGAGGUGUGAAUGUUACAUUUUUGGCUCUAAUUUUGGAAUACUUGGCAGACAGGGGUAUAGCCUUUUACUUACAUCCCAUAGAAGUCUUUUGUACUCAAAACAAGUGUACAGUUUGGGGAGCCUUAUUCAUUAACAAAAGGUACAAGGAGAGCAAUCUGUACCAGUGCUCCAAUUUAUAUUCACAAAAACUAAAAAGCAGCAGUGCCAUGGAGGACAAAAAUGAUCCCCAAAAGUCAAAGGAUAGCCAAGAUAUUGAAAAGUUGAAAAAACGGCGGGAUUCUAUCAUUGAAUCAAACUAUAAUUUUGGCAUAUUUUCAUGCACAGUAAGGGGAAUGUGUGAAGCAGUCAUGGAAUGCAUAAAAUUGCAAUGUACAAGUAGAGAUAUAGAGACAGUAUACCACCUUUUCUACAACAAAAGUGACUGGAACGAAGGUUUGAAUAAUAUACCAGAACCACAUUUAGCGUUUAUACUUUCUACACUCGCAUACGAGACCAAAAUUUCAAUCUCAUGUAAUCAGUCAGUUUCAGUAAAUACACUCACAAACAAGCAAGUUGGAAUCCAACUAAUUUGAUGUAAAAUAUUUUC